UCAUAACAGGCGUCGUUUCCGGACGUAUCGGUGCGGAUUCCGUCCGACGGAAGAAAAGCGCGUUUUCGUCGGGGCGGUUCGGAGGCGGUCGGCUCGGACCGGAUCGAACGGUUCGCGAUUGGUCGCGGGCUGCGAGUCAGCGAAACGUGAAUCAGUCGUCGUUGACGGGAACCAGGAGCGACGAGUUCUCGAGUCAGGGCCGGUGUGGAAAACGUGCGAGGUCGGUCGGUGCUCGGUCGCCGGUGAAUGAAGCGGUUCGAUUGUUACGUGCGAUGGCCGCGUGUUACAGCGAGCAGGCAUCAUCCGCCUCGGGGAACAUAACGAAAAAGUCACCUGCGGCUACCGCGAAACCGAUCUGCUGGCAACACAGGCUGUUCGGUAAACAAUUGUCGCGGUGCAGUCAGGUUAAUCAGCAGGACACGAAACCGUGCGACGCGAGCGGCUCCCUCGUCGACGAGGAGGGCCGGCCGAUUUGUGAGGUGAUCGGUGUGUACUUUAGUUUCAUUAAUCCCGGUGCUACGUGCGACGAUUUCACGCGUCAGCUGCUCGAACUGUACGCGAGUGUCAACGCGUCGUCGUCGUCGUCGUCGUCGUCGUCGCACACGGAGAACGACCGGGACGCCGAGAACCCCGGCAAGGAAAGAGAAAGAAGGAAAAAGUUCGAGAUCGUGCACGUGGUUUUAUGGAGUAACGUAGCCGACGUGCUCGACUUCGAGGAAAGCUUUCACGCGCACGUUGCCGAGUUACCCUGGCUGGCCGUACCGAACUUAGACUACGAGAGGAAGACGAGGCUGACUCGGAGGUAUCGGAUAAAGGCCGGUGUGCCGACUUUAAUUUUAUUGGACGGCACGAACGGCUCGGUGGUGACCCGCGGGGGUGUCGAACGGACCAUCGGCGAUCCCAACGGGGCUGAAUUCCCCUGGAGGCCCCCGCAUCCGAAGGCAGCGCUCGAGGAUGGACCAUUAUUACCGUGCGGCGCACGCGACACCAACGAGCCCAUGCUGCACGAGGAGCUGCGCCAUUGCUUCAAGGGUGUCUACUUUAGCGCACACUGGUGCCCCCCCUGCAAAGCAUUCACACCGCAGCUCGUGGACACGUAUCAGCGAAUCAGGGAGAGGAGCCACGACUUCGAGGUGAUCUUCGUGAGUUCAGAUAGGAGUGAAGAGUCUUAUAACGUUUAUAUUGAAUCGAUGCCUUGGUUGAGGAUACCUUUUAGUCAAGAGGAAAGACGACGAAAAUUAGCGAGGGCCCUCGACGUACAAGCAAUACCAACUUUAGUGAUACUCGAUCCCCGGGAUAAUAUUAUAACUUUAGACGGUCGGGCGGAAUUGAUCGAGGAUCCCGAAGGGCUGAAUUUCCCGUGGACCAGCCGCUUGGUGAAUAUCUUAACAGAAAAAUACGCUACUUCGUUGCACGAUGCACCGGCAAUAAUACUAUUCGUAGAAGGCGAUGACUGCGAGAUUCAAUUCGCGGAGGGUGUAUUAUUGCCUUCCGCACAAGCGUACAGGAAAGAUAGACCUGACUAUGAUCCAAAUUAUGAUGAUCCAGAUGAUAUUUUGCAAUUUUAUAUAGCGUUAGAUGGUGAAACGUCAGACAUCCUCCGGGAAUUCGUUGGACUAGACGAUGCUGUGCCUCUUCUAACGGCGAUCGACAUACCUCGAGGAGUAUACGUCGUGAUGGAGGACGGCGCCGAGAUUACUGUGGAUUCUGUACAACAAUUCGUAGACGGGUUUCGUAACGAUAAAUUGCCGAUAAACAAAAUAACCACGGUUCACAAAACUGACAAAAGCGACCACGUUUCUACUUGAACAUCCGCGCGAACCGGCGGAUAAGUUUUAUACAAAUUAUUGAAGACCAUACGCGAAGGAAGGAGCAGUUAGGUUUUUAAGUGGUCAUUAUACAACCACAGAAUAAAGAAACCCCAAACCUCUCUUCUCAAUCCUAUCUCUGUGAUACCAUUGCUCCUUUGAGUAGAAAGGAUAUCCCGCGCAGAACCGCGCAUUGUACUCGUACACCCCUUGUGGACGUAACCAAAAGACAUGUAUUAUAUAUACCAUAGUCAAUAAAAAUUGAGCGAAUUGUAUUUUCAAGUGUACACAUGCGCACGGAUAUGUUUAAUAUAUUAUGUAUAAUGUAUUACUUAAUGAACGCCAAAUGUGAACAUGUCGAAUGUAUCUCGAGAGAUACAAAGUGCUCAUCCAUCCUGUCCCCCCGUACAGGCAAAUAGUCACUGAUUUCGUAAAAUCUCGU